AUGAUGAUGUCACCUACGUUGGGUCUCCUUUUAAUUCUUUUCAUUUCUGGACUUUUACGCGAAUCACAGUAUGCAAAAGCGUUGAAGCUCAAAUUACACGGAUAUAACAGAUCAAUCAUACAUAAUCCAGAAAGUAAAUUUGUGCGUCCAAGUAUCAAUAUACUAAUAGAAUUAGGCGAAAAACGAAAAGUGCGUGGAAGUAUAAAGCCAAACAAUAGGCCUAGAAAAGUGGUUCAGGGUCCAAAUUCUAGAAGUAUAAGCCACGGAUCUCCAAGCAUCGUGGUUACUAUAGGU